AUGGCUAAGACGAAGAAGACUUCGAAAAAGAGGAAGUCCACAGUUGCAGAUGAUGAACCGGAAUUCAUUCACACUAUACCGGCAGAAGGAGAUGGAGGAAGGCAGGAAGAAACACAACCUGAUGACACACAACUUGAAGACACUGAGCCUGGUAUGGCUGAGGGUACGAUAGAUAGCCAGAUGGAUGUACAUGAGGCUGUUCGAGAGAGUACGGAAGAACAAACCCGUAAGGAGACCAGUUCACAAGACGGUGCGAGAGAGGAUGUUCCUGAUACGGCUCAGCGACGGUCAAAGAAACACCGAGGACCCACUAAGAUGAAGGAUAUUGCAAAAGAUCCUAAUACCAGGAUAAAAGUGGAGUUCACAGAGUUGGGCGAACCUUGUGGUGAAGGAUCAAUGACUGGAGGAAAAUCGGUGAAGAGCGGAAGACAGUUCUGUUGA